GGAGGGAGAGGGCGGGAGAGAUUAGUUUGGGAAGUAGCACGGAUUGCUCAUCCGAUCCGUGCAGCCGCAGGGAGUGUGUCAAGUUACAGAGGCGCCGGAAUCGGCCCCAGCGCUCCUCGGCGACGGCCGCGACCCACCUCUGCCCAUGGGGCCCUCCGAGCGAACCCCUGCUCCCGGGGACUGAAACUGGCUGGCCCGGGGGACGCGAGACGCCCAGCGGCGCAGACUGCGCGGCACCAACGAGAGGAAUCUGCACGCGCUGGAAGGGACAGGAGCGCGGAGAGCCGGCCAGAUGCCCCUAACUUUCCUGGACUUGCAACCUUCUUCGAAAUAACUUUUUUCUCACUUGGUUGUACUCUGAUUUCCGCUGGUCGUGAUUUUCGGCUUUCCUCCUCCUACUGCUAAUUUUUGUUGUCCUCUUUGCCCGGAGCAAAGGAAAGGGACGCUUGCCAGCAACACGAGCCCUUUCCCCCAACUCCGCAGUUUGGACCGCGCUUUUCGGCAGCGGCUCUGGCCUUUAUUUAUUCUAUUUAUUUAUUGGUUCUCAAGACGUGAGGGAUGGUGGCGGAGCGCGCUCGCAAAGCUGCAGCCUCCGGCGCCCGCGGCCCUGGAGAGCUGGGUGCCCCGGAGCAAAGGAAAGGGACGCUUGCCAGCAACACGAGCCCUUUCCCCCAACUCCGCAGUUUGGACCGCGCUUUUCGGCAGCGGCUCUGGCCUUUAUUUAUUCUAUUUAUUUAUUGGUUCUCAAGACGUGAGGGAUGGUGGCGGAGCGCGCUCGCAAAGCUGCAGCCUCCGGCGCCCGCGGCCCUGGAGAGCUGGGUGCUGGGUGCAGCCGAGCUGCAGGCCCGGGUGGUGCGCCUGGAAGCGGAGCGCGGGGAGCAGCAAAUGGAGACGGCUAUUUUGGGACGAGUCAACCAACUGCUGGACGAGAAAUGGCGACUCCAUUCGCGGAGGCGCCGGGAGGCCCCAAAGAUGUCUCCAGGAUGUAACUGCCCACCAGGACCUCCUGGCCCCACUGGAAGACCUGGGCUCCCUGGAGACAAAGGUGCCAUUGGGAUGCCUGGACGUGUGGGCACCCCUGGAGAUGCCGGGAUGUCCAUCGUUGGUCCCCGAGGACCCCCUGGUCAGCCGGGCACUCGGGGCUUUCCUGGAUUUCCGGGUCCCAUUGGGCUGGAUGGCAAACCGGGCCAUCCCGGACCAAAAGGGGAGAUGGGCCUGAUGGGUCCCCGAGGACAGCCGGGAUCUCAAGGACAAAAAGGAGAAAAGGGCCAGUGUGGCGAGUACCCACACCGGAAGCAUCUGAGCAGCACUCUAGCGGCUCUGUGCUCCAACCAGAUAAUCACCCUGAAGCUGCUGCCUCUCCUCAAUUCAGUGCGGCUGGCUCCACCCCCAGUCAUAAAAAGGCGGACUUUCCAGGGUGAGCAGGGCCAGGCUGGCAUUCAAGGCCCACCAGGGCCACCAGGCCCCCCUGGACCAAGUGGACCUCUGGGGCACCCAGGAUUGCCAGGGCCGAUGGGGCCACCCGGCUUACCUGGGCCUCCAGGACCAAAGGGAGAUCCAGGGAUCCAGGGCUUCCAUGGCCGGAAGGGAGAGCGGGGCAUGCCGGGGAUGCCAGGCAAGCAUGGAGCCAAGGGGGUUCCUGGAGUCACCGUGGCUGGGAUGAAGGGUGAGUCAGGGACCCCAGGAGCCAAGGGUGAGAAAGGGGCUGUUGGCUCCCCUGGGCUCCCUGGCCUCCUGGGACAGAAGGGAGAGAAGGGCGAUGCUGGCAACUCCAUUGGAGGGGGCAGGGGGGAGCCAGGCCCCCCAGGGCUGCCUGGGCCCCCUGGACCUAAGGGAGAAGCGGGUGUCGAUGGCCAGGCCGGCCCCCCAGGACAGCAAGGAGACAAGGGGCAGCCAGGAGAAGCUGGAGAACAGGGACCAGCUGGCCCCAAGGGCUCCAAGGGAGAACCCGGGAAAGGAGAAAUGGUGGAUUACAAUGGAAACAUCAAUGAAGCCCUCCAGGAGAUCCGGACACUGGCCUUGAUGGGGCCUCCUGGUCUUCCCGGGCAAACUGGCCCACCCGGAGCUCCAGGGAGUCCAGGCCAGAAGGGGGAGAUUGGACUACCAGGCCCUCCAGGACACGAUGGGGAAAAGGGACCUCGUGGCAAACCAGGAGACAUAGGUCCCCCUGGUCUCCAAGGGCCUCCGGGGAAAGAUGGACCUCCAGGAAUGAAGGGAGAGGCUGGAUACCCAGGGAGCUCCGGAGAGAAAGGGGAGACUGGACAAGCAGGCUCACCGGGAGAAAAAGGAGAAGCUGGAGAGAAGGGUGACCCAGGAGCAGAGGUUCCUGGGCCACCAGGGCCAGAGGGGCCUCCUGGACCUCCGGGGCUCCAAGGUCUACCUGGACCAAAGGGGGAAGCAGGACUAGAUGGAGCAAAAGGAGAGAAGGGUGUCCAGGGAGAAAAAGGAGACCGAGGGCCUCUGGGAUUACCCGGAGCUUCAGGUUUGGACGGCAGGCCGGGGCCACCGGGUACCCCAGGACCAAUUGGCAUUCCAGGCCCUGCAGGACCAAAGGGCGAGAGGGGCAGCAAAGGAGAUCCAGGGAUGACAGGACCAACAGGAGCAGCUGGGCUUCCUGGUUUACACGGACCACCCGGGGACAAAGGAAACCGGGGGGAGAGGGGGAAGAAAGGCUCUAGAGGGCCUAAAGGGGAUAAGGGAGACCAAGGAGCACCUGGAUUGGAUGCCCCCUGUCCGUUGGGUCAAGACGGCCUGCCGGUCCAGGGCUGCUGGAACAAGUGAUGCCUCUAACCUUGGAUUGGCCUGUGUGUGUGUUUAUACAUAGAAUAUUUAUUUUUAUACAGUUUUCACUUUUUGAAAAUGCCAGAAGUAUGAUGCGUCUUACAGAUUAUUAAAAGAAAGAGAAAAACUUGCAUAUUUUGUACAGAAAAUAACACCUGUCCCCUUUUGUUUACAAGAUGUUUUGUGUAAGUCUGUCUCUAAUACACUUUCUGUUUGUGAGUACAGCCCUGAUGUUUGCAUGGUACUUGUGCACACUUAUUACAUAUAGAAGCUUAAUAAAUUAUUGUGCUCCGGUGCCAAAGA